GCAUGACGGGAUUUGUGGCUUUCCGGGCAGCCCGGCGCAUGUGCGGGCGGGCGGAAGCCGCCAUGCCGGAGGGUAAGGGCGCGUUCCGGGAGGUGCUGCCCAAACAAGGGCAGCUGUCGGUGGAGGACACGGCCGGCAUGGUGCUGUGCAAGCCGAAGGUGCUGCCCCUCAAAUCGGUGUCGCUGGAGAGGCUGGAGCAGCUGCAGCGCGCGGCCAUGGAG